GUAGUGAUGUCAGCAUAUGGAAAUCAUCAGAGUGGCAAGAUGGCUACGGAACCAAAUAAGACCGAAAUCCUUACCAUUUUCAAAAGAUUAAGAUCUAUUCCCACCAACAAGGUAUGUUUUGACUGUGCUGCCAAAAACCCCAGCUGGGCAAGUAUUCCAUAUGGUGUCUUCUUGUGCAUUGACUGCUCUGGCAUCCACCGCUCACUGGGAGUGCAUCUCAGCUUCAUCAGAUCCACUGAGUUAGACUCCAACUGGAACUGGUUUCAACUUAGGUGUAUGCAAGUUGGAGGUAAUGCCAAUGCGACGGCGUUCUUCCGCCAGCACGGCUGCUCUACAAAUGACACCAACACCAAGUACAACAGUCGUGCAGCCCAGAUGUACAGAGAGAAGAUUCGACAGCUAGCAAAUGCUGCGUUGUCUAAAUAUGGCACAGAUCUUUGGAUUGACUCUACUGCAGGAGGCACCCCUGCAGUUUUGGACAAGAAAGAGACAGACUUUUUUGCUGAACUCACACAGCCUACUAAUGACUGGAACGUGGUGCCAUCCUCUGAGCCAGAGCAAAAUGGAGCCACUCUCACCCAGCAGCUGAUGAACAUAACAGCUAAAGGCCAGGAUGACAACCAGCCAGAGGAAGGACCUAGCAUCGAUGGUUUGAGCACAUCACCCAAAGCUUCCACUGAAGACUCCAUGCGUUUGUCAUCAGGAGCAGGAUGGGCACUACAAGGUGAUAAGGAUAUGAAGCCUUCUAUCAUUGGGAAAAAGAAGCCAAUGGCAGCCAAAAAAGGGCUUGGUGCAAAGAAAGGUCUUGGUGCCCAGAAGGUGAGCAGUAAGAGUUUCUCAGAGGUGGAGAAGCAGGCGCAAGUGGCUGAGAAGCUGAGAGAGGAGCAGGCAGCUGAGGCUAAGAAACAAGCUGAAGAAUCCAUUGUAGCAUCGAUGCGUUUGGCAUACAAAGAGCUGGAGAUCGACAGGAAAAUGGAGGAGAAGAAGUUUCAGAGUCUGGAAGGCAAGAAGAAGGAACAGGCUGAGAGACUGGGCAUGGGAUUUGGCAACAGGAGUGCUGUGUCGCACUCAGUGAUGUCAGAGAUGCAGGUCAUUGAGCAGGAAACACCCGUGGGCGCCAAGUCCUCUUCUCGAUCCAAACUGGAGAUGUUUGACGAGCCUGGCUUCACCUCUGGACCCCCAAAGUACACACAGCACCCAAUAUACAAAGACAACCCAUUUACAGUGGGAGACAGUUUUGGAUCGCGGUGGGAUACUGAAGGAGGAACCGCCUCUUUCACUACUUCUUGGGUACUGGAGAAAGGUGACCCGAAGGAGGAGGUCACCAUCUCUAGUAUUCAACCAACUGGAGAGCGCAGAAGAAAAGCUGAGGUGUCAGCUCCCGUCUCUGAGUCAAGUGAGGCCAGGCAGAAGUUUGCCAAUGCAAAGGCCAUCUCUUCAGACAUGUUCUUUGGUCGGGAGAGCAGUGCUGAGUAUGAUGCAAAGACAAAGCUGGAGAGCAUGUCUGGAAGUACUUCCAUCAGUUCAGCUGACCUGUUUGGAGAUGGCAGUGACCACAAAGGGAGAGCCUCAGGCUUUGACAGCGUGCUCCCCUCCGGCCCGGACAUCGCUCAGUUCAAACAGGGAGUGAAGACCGUCGCGGGAAAGAUGGCUGUCCUCGCCAAUGGUGUCAUGAACACGAUCCAGGAUCGCUACGGAUCCUACUGAGCAGCACCGACCUAUCAGAAGACACACUUACUAACACCUGUGUAGAGCCAACCAGCCUCCUGACUGUGCAUUUGGACAGAGAAGAUGGGAUGAAACAUGGGAAGCAGAAAGCAUUGCAUGGGGAAAGAAAUGUCGUCCUUCUCGCCCAUCCACCACUAUUGACAGUUUUCUAGGUGUGAGACAUUCUCAUUAGCAGAGUCUUGAGUUUAAUUUUCACGAACAGACCGAGCAUAAAGGGUGUAGUCAUUUCUAAACCGGUUUUGUUGUAAUUUACUGUUUGGACUACACUGGUCUUAGAUUUUCAAAAUUAUGUCAGAGUUAAUUCUACUAUAUUUUAUUCUUUUACAACGGUUGUUGAUUUUUAUUCAUGUUAUCAAAUGCUUCAUGCUUGUUUUUGUUUUACUGUGACAUUAAAAAGGUGCAGUGUAUAUUUUUAGUGUUAAUCUGAACAAGAUUAACACUAAAAAAAAAUCAUUUGCAUAAAGCACUGACUGAUUUUUCAGCAGUUUGAGAGUUUGGAGUUGUGCAUUUCUGUCUGGGGUGAAACAUGGGAGCAUCAGAUAUUCUAGCUGCUGUGGAUAUCUGUGUACUUGAAACAGGCGGUGCAGCAUUAAAAUUCCCUACAACAAACUUCCAGAGACCAAUAUUCAGAAUUAAGUGACGAUUAAAUCCAGACAACUCUGCUGCAGAUAGAAUAUGAUAAGCUCCAGCUCAAAACUAUGAUACUGUGUUGACUAUGCAUCUCCUCUCUGCAACCUUAAUCCGAGUUUCACUUCAGUGUUUCUGCUUGAAUCUUCAGUCUGCCAGGAUGUACCUCAGCUCUUUGAUUUUGGAAGGCUUCAGUUUACAUUGACGUUCAGUUUAAAUGGAAAAAUGAUCCUCACAUUAACGGUGUCAAUCUGACAAUCCUGGACAAUAGUAUUUGGCUCAAGGCAAGGAAUUCUCCAGGAGUUUUCCAGUAUUUAAAUUUCACUGACAUGUACAAUGCAGUUAAAUACAAUGAACUCUUGAGACGAUCUGCAGUCAAAUCUCACAUUCACCACUUUUAUCAGUGUCCUAGCUUCUCUCAGUCCGUUGAGGGCAGUCUACAUUCAACAAGGAAAUUGGAUAUGGUCUGGAAAAUAGUUAUUUUAUUUUGUUUCAUACAUCAAAGUAUCAUUUUAUCAUGCCUGUGUGUGCGCCCUUCUCACGAUUAAAAUGUGGACUGAAUGGAUGAAACGUUAAAACUAUUUAUUUGUAGGCUACAAAAAGAAACAGUAUGUUAAUAAAGAUCAAAAACCUU